UUCCGCUUUUCUUAAACACGCGUGUUACUAUCCUAGUUGACUGCUGUGUAAUAUAGUAAUGGGUAGACUCAAGAAAUCCCGCAAUCGUAAUACCUUUAAUUACAAUACCAAUAAAAAGAAACUGAAGAAAAGGUUAAGGAGAAAGGGAAAACCGCAAAUUGAAUGUCCUCAGAUCAGAAAGGCUUGGGAUGACAAAAAAACAGCAAAGCAAAAUCUUGAAGACAUGGGAUUGUUACUUGGAACCAAAGGCAUGCUUCCCAUUAAAGUUAAAAAGGAUAAACAGGGAAGUGAACCAAUGGAGACAAAUGUAUUACUCAAACCCUACGUCGUUAAAGAAAUGGAGGCAGAGGCCAGUCUCAAGGGCAAAGACAGAACAACAUGCUCCACUGAUAUGAUUGAAUAUGUUCAACACAUGGUUAGGGAACACAAUGAGGAUUACAAGGCAAUGGCAAGAGAUGAGAAGAAUUACUAUCAGGACACACCAAAACAGAUUAAACGGAAAGUUGAAUUAUACAAGCGGUGUCAUCCUGAGGAGUAUGCUACGUUCAUUGCAUCCCUACCAGCUCAGAUGUCCAAAUAACAACGAAGAGGUGGAUUUGAAUGGUGUUUCUCAAAUUGACAUCCAGAACAUUAUCUUAGCAGGUGUCUUUACGGGCUGCAAAUGUUGGAAUAUAUAUUAAAUAUUUGGUUUGCAUUCCCUUGCAAUAUGUUUUGCGUGUCCUCACAAUAGUUGUACGUUUCUUUGCAAUAAAUGUAACAUGGUUUUACUACAGUAAACAUAUAUUAACAAUGAUAUUCGUAGUGAAACCUUAGUGAUAAUACAGUAAAAUGAAAACUAUAGUUAUAAAAAUCAUGGUUUGGGUCCCCCAGUCAGAGCUGGUUAAUGUGGCUUGGGAUAGGGAAGUUUGGGGCCCCCUGCUGGAGCUGCUGCCCCCGCAACCCGACUUCGGAUAAGCGGUUGAAGAUGGAUGGAUAUAGUAAUAUUGUAGUAACCAUGACUGUUGUAGGCUAACUAUGUUUUGUUUUUGUGCGGAAAGUCGUUUAAUUAACCAUGUUUUUUUGGUGGAAAACAUGGUUUUAAUACAGUAUACUGUAUCCAUAUAGUAACAAUGGUUUUACUAUAGAUUAACCAUGGUAAUUAUUAUGGUUAUUACAAAUUUGUUGUAAAAUCAUAAAGGCAAAAUUAUGAAUUUUAUUUCCAUAGUUUUAAUUUUUCUGUAUUAUUAAUCUGGUUUUACUAUGAAUAUCAAGGUGGGUACUAUAGUAAAACCAUGCUAAAUCUAAUGCAAGGACACACAAAACUAUUCCUCAAAAAUAAUUAUUCCCUCCAUGUCCGUAUAAGGCCAUUAAAGAUAAGAGAAUGAUAAUUUUUUUUGGGGGGGGGACUAUUCUUUUAAUGUCAAUUAAUACAUCUUAUUGUUGAUAUUUACUUUUGAAUGCUUUUUUGAUGAAGCUUGUGAGCAUCUUGAGUUCUUCCUGAAUUUAUAGUUUUUAUACUUUGAAGAAAACCCCCAAAAAACAAACUGUUUUCACAGAAUAUUUAUUAAUUCAAACAUUCUGACUUGGAACAAACACUUCUGGUUUGUUUCAAAAAAUAAAUAUAAUACAACAUAACCAUCUGACACAAGGAAACAUUUAAGGCAAUAAUCUAAUACAUUAGUACACAUUGUAAGCAGUGCUGCAGUAGUGCUCUUAAAGACAUUGACGUUUCCUCGACAUCACUUUUGUCUUGAGAUCUCACAUGCGACAUGCUGAAUAAAGUGAGCAUUGCUGGUUGGAAAUCAGUUUAAAUGAUGUAUGAAGUCUGAACGUGUCUGGGAGUAACUGUUUUAUAGUUUAAAUAGUUGUUUCUGUUCAAGGUGCUUUCUAGAAACUGUAAAUGUAUAAGAAUUCUGAUUGUUACAAAUUGGCAUUGAAAAUUGUAUAAACCCCCACACUAUAUAAAACUGUGCUAUGUUUCAAAUUGUGAUUUGGAGAUGUGUUUAUUUUCAACAUCACAGGGUAGGUUUGUCUAUAGCCUUUAUAAUUUGAAUUAGAUGUGCUUUCCGGGAGCCCAAAUGUGAGAUUA